ACGCGGCGGGCGGCGGCGGCCGGGGAGGCCGGGGAGGCCCGGAGGCCGCGGCGCGGUCAGUCGAGCCGAGCCGAGCCGAGCCGCGCCGAUCGCCAUCGGCCCCGGCUCUCGUGGGCGGUCCCGGCCGGCGGCGCGGCCUGGCGGGCCGGGCGGCGCUGCAGCCCAUGGAGCUCGAGAACAUCGUAGCGAACACGGUGCUACUCAAGGCCCGGGAAGGUGGUGGCGGGAAUCGCAAAGGCAAGAGCAAGAAAUGGCGCCAGAUGCUGCAGUUCCCCCAUAUCAGCCAGUGUGAGGAGCUUCGGCUCAGCCUUGAGCGUGACUACCACAGCCUGUGUGAGCGCCAGCCCAUUGGGCGCCUGUUAUUUCGUGAGUUCUGCGCUACGAGGCCUGAGCUGACCCGCUGUACUGCCUUCCUGGAUGGGGUGGCUGAGUAUGAGGUGACCCCUGACGAGAAGCGGAAAGCAUGUGGGCGCCGACUAAUGCAGAACUUUCUGAGCCACACGGGUCCCGACCUCAUCCCUGAAGUCCCACAGCAGCUGGUGAGUAACUGUGCCCAGCGGCUAGAGCAGGGACCCUGCAAAGACCUCUUCCAGGAGCUGACCCGGAUGACCCACGAGUACCUGAGCACGGCCCCUUUUGCCGACUACCUCGACAGCAUCUACUUCAACCGUUUUCUGCAGUGGAAGUGGCUGGAAAGGCAGCCAGUGACCAAAAACACCUUCAGGCAGUACCGAGUCCUGGGCAAAGGUGGCUUUGGGGAGGUAUGUGCCUGCCAGGUGCGGGCAACAGGCAAGAUGUACGCAUGCAAAAAACUGGAAAAGAAGAGGAUAAAGAAGCGGAAGGGGGAGGCCAUGGCUCUGAACGAGAAGCAGAUCCUGGAGAAAGUGAACAGUAGGUUUGUAGUGAGCUUAGCCUAUGCCUAUGAGACCAAGGACGCACUGUGCCUGGUGCUGACAUUGAUGAAUGGCGGCGACCUUAAGUUCCACAUCUACCACAUGGGCCAGGCUGGCUUUCCUGAAGCACGUGCUGUCUUCUAUGCCGCUGAGAUCUGCUGUGGCCUGGAAGACCUGCACCGGGAACGCAUUGUGUACAGGGACCUGAAGCCGGAGAACAUCCUUCUGGAUGACCAUGGUCACAUUCGGAUCUCUGACCUGGGACUGGCCGUGCAUGUGCCUGAAGGCCAGACCAUCAAAGGCCGUGUGGGCACUGUGGGCUACAUGGCUCCAGAGGUGGUGAAGAACGAGCGCUACACGUUCAGUCCUGACUGGUGGGCGCUAGGCUGCCUCCUGUAUGAGAUGAUCGCGGGUCAGUCGCCCUUCCAGCAGAGGAAGAAGAAGAUCAAGCGCGAAGAGGUGGAGCGGCUGGUCAAGGAAGUGGCCGAGGAGUACACAGACCGCUUUUCCUCACAGGCCCGCUCACUCUGUUCUCAGCUUCUCAGCAAGGACCCUGCUGAGCGCCUGGGGUGUCGCGGAGGUGGCGCCCGGGAGGUAAAGGAGCACCCCCUUUUCAAGAAACUGAAUUUCAAGCGGCUGGGAGCUGGCAUGCUAGAGCCACCUUUUAAGCCUGACCCCCAGGCUAUUUAUUGCAAGGAUGUCCUGGACAUUGAGCAGUUCUCUACAGUUAAAGGUGUGGAUCUGGAGCCCACAGACCAAGACUUCUACCAGAAGUUUGCCACGGGCAGUGUGUCCAUCCCCUGGCAGAAUGAGAUGGUGGAGACUGAGUGCUUCCAGGAACUCAAUGUCUUUGGGCUGGACGGGUCUGUCCCCCCAGACCUGGACUGGAAGGGCCAGCCCACUGCGCCCCCCAAGAGGGGAUUGCUACAGAGGCUCUUCAGUCGCCAAGAUUGCUGUGGGAACUGCAGCGACAGCGAGGAGGAGCUCCCCACCCGCCUCUAGUCCCCAGGCCGAGGCCCCCACCGGCGGUUGGCGGUAGCAGCUACUCUCAGUGACGUUUACAGUUUUGCACAGUGGUGUUCCCCACUGUCCACGCAAGUCGUGGGCUGUGGAACACAGCCGGAACUGUCCCCAGUGUCCUCUGUUCCUCAGCCACUGGCCCAGCUGAGUUUGACAAGGCCUGGGCCAUCUUGGGACAAAGGUGCGUCCCUUCAGCUCUCUGUGGAGCUCGGGGCUUUAUGUAUUUAUGUAUUUGUAUGAAUGUAUAUAGCUACCAGAGCGUUCUUAAUUCCACCCUGGACCUGGCACCCCAGGGCAACUAGCCCUGGCCAGGAGAGCCAGGAGCUGACAAGAGGAGCCAAUGCCAAACUCCAGGCUUCUAGGGCCCAGUGGAGAUGAGCAAGCAGAGUGUGGGCCAGGUCUGACCUCUGCCCACAGCACUGCACCGGCCACCGCCAACCUCCAAGUGAGACUUGUGCCUGCCUGUCGUGGACUGGUUGCCCAGUGCUUUCACUCUCUCAGCAUUUGUCAGGGUUGGAGCUGGGGCCUGUGUGUCCUCUAGGCCUGGGUCACAGUGUAACCUCAGCCUUUGCUGGCUGGGACCCAUCUAACCCCUGCCCGAGAUGGGUCGCUUUCUGCCUUCCAGCUCCCAGAGCACAGUAGUCCUUAUUCUGGGUCAUAUCCUGAAGACACCUUUUUCAGAAAUGCCCCAGUCCAGGCCAUAGGAGGGGUUAGAAUUAGCCCUCCAACAUUCCAGAAUCCCUCAUAAAAGUAGACUCAUGCCCAGCAAUAAUCCACCCUUCCCUGUGUGUGCCUGUUGGGGGUGGGGAUGAGUGUAUAUCAUUGUGUGAAGAGAGUAGGGUAAGGCUGUGCCUAAGCCCCCAGACCCUAGCCCUGGCCUUUCCCAGACUGUGAUGGCUGUCCUGAUGCUAGUUAGGACAGCAUGGGACCAUAAGGCCCUGGCUUUUCCAUAUUUAAAGCCAAUGUAAGCUGCCAUGUGUCUCUAUGUGACCAAUGUGAGCUGCCAUGUGUCUGUGCGAAUACAGUCUGAGCACACGGCUGGCCAGCCACCAC